CGGGUAUAAUCAAACCGUUAGUGGCUGUUCUAGAGGAACUUUCUUAGCAAAUACUCAGAACCGUCCUUGAAAAACAAAUAAUUUAGUGAAAAUGCGUACCUUCGGCGCUUGCUUAGUACUGGUGUUGUUCGUGGCAAUGCUGGUCGGCACCAGCGGUAAUCCCGUCGGCGAUAAUGCUGUGCUCACUUUAGAGACAGCCGAUCAACCGUUAACUUUGUCCGAUGUCAACGACCAGCAAGGACAUGAGAAUGAAGGCGAUCGCUUGGUCCGGGACUACGGAGGCCACCAUGAUGGGCAUCAUGAAAAGCAUCAUGACAAGCAUCAUGAUGGGCAUUAUGAAAAGCAUCAUGAAGGGCAUCCUGAAAAGCAUCAUGAAGGUCAUUAUGAAAAGCAUCAUGGUGGACAUCAUGGUUAAAGUGACUACAAAUUAAAAAAACAUACAUAUAUUUAUCUUUAUUUUGAAUUGUGAAAGUAAACAUUUGAUUUAACAAAUUAUUGAAAUAAAACUAAAAAAAUCUUGCAAGAAU